GGAAAGAUACAAGCAGUCAAACAAUGGUGGGAGAAACUCUCCAUACAUGGAGAAAAAUUUGGAUACUUUCCAAAUGCCAAGAAAUCCUGGUUGAUCGUCAAACCGAAUUGCCUUGAAGAAGCCAAACGUGUGUUCUCAAAAACGGCUGUGAACAUCACCUCUGAAGGUCGAAAGUACUUAGGAGCUGCACUGGGAACUGAAAACUUCUGUAACGGCUAUCUCAGUGAUGCAAUCUUAGACUGGACACGUCAGAUUGACAAAUUGGCUUCCAUUGCCCAAAGUCAGCCACAAGCAGCUCAUUCCGCAUUAAGUCACGGUCUUCUGGGCAGGUGGAUUUUUACUGCGAGAACAAAUCAGAAUUUCAAAACUUUUGCUGGGCUUUUAGAAUCAUCAAUACAAUCUCAACCGAUUCCUGCUAUAACUGGUCGUUCGGCCCCUGGAGAACUGGAAAGAAAACUCUUCUCCUUACCAGCCAGACUUGGUGGUCUGGGAAUCACAGAUCCAACUUCAUUGUCUUCUGAAUACUUAAACUCUCGAAAGAUGACUGCACCGCUUGUUGACUUCAUUUUGAAUCAGGAGAUCACUCUAGGAGAUGCCCCAGAUCAACAGGAUUCUCUCAAAAAGCAAAUUCGCAAGCACAAAGGGCUAGAAAUCAAAACUCUUGCUGAUAAUGUUCGAGAUAACCUCUCACACCAACAUAAAAGAAUGUUCGAGUUAGCAAAUGAAAAGGGGGCAUCAAACUGGCUCACAGUGCUGCCAUUGGAGGAUCACGGCUUCUCAUUACAUAAGUCUGCAUUCAGAGAUGCUCUAUGCCUCAGAUAUGGAUGGGUCCCCCCUCAUAUGAGUGAAUCUUGCCCUUGCGGUGGAAAAAUGUCAGUGGAGCAUGCUAUGUCCUGCCCCACGGGAGGCUUUCCAACUAUACGCCAUAAUGAAAUCCGAGAUAUGUUUUCUCAUCUGUUGUCUGAUGUCUGUCAUGAUGUGGAAACGGAGCCCACGUUGCAAUCACUAAGUGGAGAGACGUUCUCUUUACGUUCAAGCAGUCGAGAUGAUGAUGCAAGAUUAGACAUUUCGGCAAGAGGUUUUUGGGGAGGAAGAUUUGAGAAGACAUAUUUUGAUGUCCGGGUGUUUAACCCCAAUGCCACCUCGUACACAUGUUUUGAAGUUGCAUCAUGCUAUAGAAGACAGGAACAAGAGAAGAAAAGGAAAUAUGAAGAAAGACUGAGAAAAGUAGAAAAUGCUUCCUUUACACCUAUUAUCCUUUCUUGCACUGGUGGCAUGAGCAAGCUUACAACGACAUUUACCAAAAAGCUGGCCUCAAUGAUAUCUGAGAAAAAGGACACUCCAUACGGUAGCGUGAUCAACUGGCUAAGAUGUCGACUCGGGUUCGCACUCCUAAGAGCUUCCAUAAUGUGCAUCAGGGGCAGCAGGUGCAAACGCUACGUCAGGCCGGAAAACAAUAUUCUCCUGGCUACGUCUGAGGGGCACCUGGCCUCCUCAGCUUAGUGACUUUACUGUACAUGACAUAGUAGUAGUAAAAGUUGUACUAUUGUAUAUGACAGUAAUUGUUUAGUAGUAGUAAUAGUUUAUUGCCAUUCGCUGUAGGUUGCCGUUUGUGUAUACGUAGUCUGCUAUUGUUUCAAAUACACCAUAUCUUCUCAGUAGUAGUAGUAGUAGU